GUAAGAAGUUGACAAUUCUAUCUGAAAUCUGCUACUUGUUACUGAAACAGGACCAAUCUGAGUUUUCUGAGGUUUUAUUAAUGUUAUUGAGUGAUUUUAGGUCGAGAAGAUAACAAUAUCACUCAAAGGCACAGACUUUCUGCCUUUUCUGCAUUAAGUACUAUCCAACCCCAACGAAAGAAACCAAAAGAAAUGUCAUACUUAAACAAAGACUCAAAAGUCCCCAUGCAUGACCAGAAGGAGGAGGGUUAUGAUAUGAGACUGCACCGAGAUGACAGAAAACACUACAAAGGACGAGGACUGCACAUAUACGAAGAGGAACAAUCCAGAGCUGUUCCAAUGCGCUCCUCUUCAGUAUACGGACGUCGUCCCCUUCCCGUUAUCUCCCAAACAGGCUGGCAGUACCCACCUGUGCCAGAAGACUACAGUCAAUAUAUCCCAAGGCGACACAAUACCAACUUAGAUAAACAACAAACUGUAAUAGCUUCACCAGAUGAAUCCAGUUGCAUUCUGCCCAGGGCGGAUUGGGAAAGAAUCCAGUCUUUAUUAAACCAGCCCAAGGCCAAAAUGUACACCAGGCAAGAAACGGUAGACAGCAAUGCUUUCCAUCAGGUUUCCAAAGCAGAGAACAAAAUCGUGAAAGCCAGAAUAGGAGAGCUACAAGCAGCAGCAAAACUUGAGAGGCAGACAAAGGAGGAAUAUUUGAAAAAGCUUGCUGCAGAGGAGGUGGAAUUAAAGAAAAAGGAAAAGCAGGAAGCUAUCGAAGAAGCCAAUACUAAGAGGCUUUACCAGAAUGGCUCUGUCAGAAAAUUUAACAAUGGAAUCUUAAAGACACAGUUGCAGACAGAGAAUGAGAUACUCAUAGAAAUAAAAAAAGAAAAACAAAGACUUGCUCAAGAACAAGAAAGACAGUAUGUUGUGGAGAUUUGGCGUAGAGUGGAAGAAGCUCUGAUACAAGAGCAAAAGAAAGCUUCCCAGAAACAGCUUAACAUCCAGUCUGUGGCAAACCAUUGCAUUGAGCAAAUCAACGUAAAGCAACAGCUAAGAGAGGAUGAGAGACAGCAGGAGAAGGAAGAGAGAGAUAGACUCCGGGCCCUUGCUGCUUUGCAUGCACAGGAGCUAAGACAUGAGGAAGAGAAAAUGGUGGAUUCACAUAAAAGCAGUUUGCAAUUUCGACAAAGGGAAAUCUCCAGUAAAAUCCUUGACAGAGAAAAGGAGGCACAGAAACUGAUUACGGAGGAGGUCAAAAGACAACAUGCUCAGUUUGACAUGGAAGAAAAGCUGCAGCAAAGAAAAAUUCACCAGGCUGAAAAGCUCAAAAAGCUUCAGGUACCAAAAGAAAUUGUGACAGAAAAAUUGGCAGUCAGUAAAAAGAAGCAGGCUGCCACAUCGACUCAUGAGGAGUCGAAAAUAUCCAAGGCGAUGGCUGAGCAAGAUGCUAAAGUGGCAAAGCAGCAAAAGGACAAGGAGAAGAAUAGGGCUGCUAUGCUCAAGUCAAUAAAUGCUCAGAGAGAAAGAAAGGUACAGGAGAAAGAGCAGAACAAGAAAGAAGAGCAACAGAGCAAGAUGGACUGGUUUCAGGCCCACAAAGUGUCUGACAGGUUGUUUCUAGAACAGAAAAAACAAAAGGCUAAGAGGAACAAUGACAAUAAAAUCAAUUGUCGAGACACCAAUGCCACCAUGACGGCUGAAAAACACGCCCGUCUUGAACACCUGAAAAGACAUGAUCAUGAUGCUGCACAAAAGCAAGCAGAACAAAUUUGUGAGAAGGAGAAACAACUCCAGCAGUAUGUCAAAAAGGCUGCAGACAAAGAUGUUCAGCAACUUUUAGCUGCAAGCACAGGAAGGCGUGGUGUUAUUUCUGAGAGGGGGGAGCCCGUCUACUAUAGCAUAACAAGUGAUGAACCAUUGCCCAGAUUUGCCACUGACCAGACGCGUUUUGUGAAACGGUAUCAGGAACACAACAGCCUGCAGCUCAACAUGGAUAUGAAGCCUGUACAUUUGCCACCUAUUGCCAGAGCAGCCCAGGUAAAGUCCAACAACGCUUUAGCAGCAAAGGAAGUUACAGUACGCCUUUGUUCUACAGCUGGUGCUGGGGUGUCCCACGCACGUGAAGCAUUACCCAGAUUGAGCACUGCUAAACAGCGCUUGACACGUGACGAGCUGCAGCUAACUUACAAAGAGGACAGUAUGGUUGACCAGCAGACCCGCUUACCACCUAUUUCUACAAAAGAAACACCUGCAGAGAAACACUGUCUCCCUAGGGGUGAGAAGGGGUUGCAAUACCGUUUUGAGACGGGUGAAUCAUUGCCCAGAUAUGCCACCGCGCAAACUAGGUACAUUAAACAACGCCAGGAGCACAAUAAUCUACUGUCCGGGUGGCCUUAAAUGGCCAGCUACAACAUUUCACAAAUCAAUCCUCUACAUUUCCUCCUUUUCCUCUUUCUUCUCUCCCUUCAUUUAAAUGUCUUCUUAUUCUUUUUCUAUUUUCCUUUCUUCAGGACAACAUUAGUGGUGAGCACUGAUGCCUAACAGCGAGGUUCUGUUGGUCCAGACCUUUUUUUGUGGCAUUCCAUGUUCUUGCCAUGUUUGGGUGUACUCUGGGUGAUUAGG